AUGUUCAGCAUUUAUCAUACCAAUCUUUUAGACAUUUUGAUCAUAUUGAUCACUGCCAUAUUGGCGAAUGCGGUUCCAAUUAUAAGGGAUCUGCCUCCUGAACCAAAUAUUCCUCCAAAUGGAGAUUCUAAUCUUUCUGAAGAUGUGCUCCAUCGCACUUCCAAUCCAUCCGAGAUCUAUCAACGAUUCUAUCGAGCCAGUGACCCCAACCUAGACACCCAUGUGUCCAAUUUGAAAAAGGUGGCUCGAAUCACGAAUGGAAUUUAUCUCAUCCAAGGAAUAACUUCUGGAACCAUCGACUCCGAUGAGCUGAUCUCUGAACUUCUACGCUUUGGACAUGUUAAGCUAUCGGACAUCUCUGCCAUCGACAUUUCAAAAGUCGAAAGUGCUAUUGAUGAUAUGAAGUCUCUUCCCGUUCAAUUGGUUGCUACGACAGAAAUGGGAACAGUGGAGAAAGUAUUUGACGGAUUGAAAGCGGUGUUGGCUGAAGUGGAUGGAAUUGGCAAUUUGACAGAAUGGACUCAUGAAAAGGAACAUUUCAAACAAGAGAUUAAUCGUCUUGCUGAAAACGGAUUGAAUAGGACAGACAUCAAUCUUUUGAGAGCUGCUCUUGUUCCUUGGACAGAUGUUUAUACCAAACUAACUAAAAAAACCCCGGCAGCAACUACCGACAAUGUUAAAAAACUGAAGCAAUCAUUGGAAGAUGUCAAAACGAUUAUCCAAAAAAUCCUAGAACCUGGCUCAAUCUGGCAAUUCAUCAACUUCACUUCUGCUGCCGAUGGAAUCUCAACAAUUCUGAAGGCUGAUCGUGGUGUCGACGCCUAUUUGAAUCAUUCACGUUCUCUGGAUAUGGAUGAUGUAGCUGGAAAAACUUAUACUGAAUACAUGGAAUCAAUGAAAGAGAAACUCAGUAAUUUGAUGGGUCGUAUGGAUAAUGUAAAUAUCGCGUCGAAACUGCUGGCAUCUCGUGGAGAAGUCAAAAGACAACUUCAUUAUACAUUUGGAUUGCCUAAAGGUGCAUUGGACCUUUCGCGUUUACCUUCUGAUAUAUUUGAUCCGUGGAUUGCCAAGGUAGUCAAAACGAAGAGAUUGGAAGUUGCACUCGGUCAAUUGAAAGGUCUUGCGGCUUUAUCUAAGGAAGUAGACGACUCUAUUGGAAAUGAUGCAAAAAGAAUUCGGCGUCUGGUGGAUAUAGCCGAAUUGAUUUCCGACUUUUCCAACAAUAUUGACAGUGCAAAAUCUGGAAUUGCUCAAGGAUACAACUGCACAAAACCUUAUGCAAGUGAUAUUGAUAAAACUUCAUUCACUGCCUUAAACAAAACAUUACAAGAGAUUGAUGCAAAACUGGAUCGGUUAAGAAAAAAGAAAGAUGAGCUAUCGGGGUAUGUGCAGGCUGGAAUUCUAGAAAGGUGUAAUGAGAUCAUUGCAAUUUGUGAGAAAAUGACAGCCGACGGGAGUAAUUCUCCAACGAUUGUGAAAGAACUGGAGGUAUACGAACAUCUAGCAGACUUGGGUGUAACUUUCCGAAAAAUUGACUUAUUGUCAAAUGAUAUAUCUAAUCUGAUUACAAUAGACGGUGAUGCAAAAGCUGCUAACUCCAGCAUGGAUUCUUUGAAUAAAUAUCAUGACAAGAUAUCAACUAAAUACUCAGAUUACUUCAAGUGUCUGCAAAAUCAGCAUCAAUUGAAGUUUGUGUUCGAAGCAAUCGAUGGACUCAAGCAGUUUCGUGGUUGGAAAGACGAUACGACCUACUCUAAAACGUUGACUGAUGGAUUGACAGUGGUGAAGAAAGUGGCCGACAUCAAGAGUGGUCUGGAUAAUAUGAAGACGUCGAUCAAAGAACUGAGUGAGUUGAAGACACCGGAGACAGAUGCUUUGAAAGCUCUCAACGAUGCGUCGACACAUUCUCAAGUCAUCGGGAAUGCGGUACAAGGACUCUCUGGUAUGGCUGAGGUUUUGGAACAAGAUAAUGAUCUUAGGAAAGUCGUUGACAAUAUCGGUGUGGUGGAGAGUGGAAAACAGAAGACAAAGGACCCAAGUCUGAAUGAAUUGGUCAAACUUUCGAAAGAUAUCACCCCGAUGCUCGCUUCGUUGACUACCUUCUCGACGUCAUUGGCAGAGUUCUCGAUGUCAGAUACACUUGUUGAGCAGUCUGAUAUAUUCUCAUCUGCCAAAAAAGUGCCCGGAGUCACUGGUGUCUUUUCGAGUAUGAUUCGAGCAGUUGAGGAAUUGAAAGAGAUCAGUCCUCUAGAUGCAGCUCAGUUGACGAAAGUUGAAGAUGGAUUGAAGAAGAUGGAUUUGUUGGAUCUGGAUUUUGCUGGAUUUCAUAAGAGUUUCGAUGAUUCAAAGGACUCGUUGACUGCUAUGGACUUGUUCUUCGCAAAAACCCGUAAAAAGUUUGAGCCGACAACACCGAUACCGACUCAGAGACCGACACUUGGCCUGGAAACUUCCACUGGAGACAUUGUGAGUUCUGGUGCUCAAUCAGCUGCUGGAACAGAUGAGGAAAAGAAAGAAGACAAUGAUGCUCUAAAAUAUGCUGGUGGCUCCGUCGCCUUCUUUUUGGUUACUCUAGCUAUUGUCUUCUUUCUCCUCUACAAAUUCCAGCGACCAUGGCUCAUGAAGGUAUUGCCUUGUUUGUGUUGGAAGAAAAAACAAAAACCGGAACCAAUUCCAUCUCCCUUACCUCCAGUACCUCCAAAUCCUGCAGCGGGUCAAAAAAAUCUAAUACCGUCAGUACCUGCAUCAGAUAAACGUUCAACAAAAACUCGAUCAGAUGUGAAACGAGUUAUACAAACAGUAGAUAUUAUACCACCUCGACCAGCUCUACCGACACCUGAAGACUUGCUGAAAAUUUUUAUCGAUUACUUAAUGGCUCAGUUCGAGGCAAUUCGCUUAAAAAACAACCUGGAAACGGUGAACACUCUUUUCUGCAAUUACGAAUUCUACAAAGUUGGAAUCGAAGCCGAUAAAGUGAUCGUCGAUAACAGCAAAAUUGUUCCCAACGUUUUGACAGAAUGCAGAUCCGAUCAUCCUCUAUAUAGUGAACAUCGUCCGGUUAUCAGUGGAUAUGGCGAUCGAUUCACGAAUGACUUCUUGCACGCCAAUAUCCUUCAUUUUAAAUUAGGAAUGCAGUGGAUUAUGACAGAGACACCACAAAUUGCGUCGGACGGAAAGAAUUCGACGGUUGCGAAAUUCUGGUGGUUGGCGAAACAGUACAAGACUCAGAGUAUUGCCAUGUUCACUUCCAAUGACGAAAUUAAAAAUAUCAAAUGCGAUCAGUACUACCCUCAAAAGGCUGGAAAUGUAUUGAAAAUUGGUGACUUGACAUUAAAAUGUACAGAACUCAAAAAAGAUUUCGGCGAUUCCCUGGAAAUCCGGACCAUAACUGGAAGCUUUGGCAAUGAACCCCCGUUCACUGUGACCCAGUACGUGUUUACUGGCUGGCCAGCAUCACCAUACCCGUCUUUAUGGAAACCUCUGUUGGCGAUUUAUACCGCUCUGAAGAAAGACACCACACCGGCAAUAAUCCAUUGCGUUGAUGGUGUUGAAAGAACCGGCAUGUUUGCAUUGUCUGCUUACAUGGUUGAUUACGUCAAAAGACACCGUGAAGUGAACUUCAAAAGGUGCUAUCAAGAUGUGGUGACUCUCCGUCCUGGUGCCGUUAAUUGCAUGUCUGAUUAUGCUUUUUGCGGACGUUUUUGUCUGGAAAUGUUGGCUGAUGAGACAACAUUGGAUUCACCGUCUCGACACUCUUACACAGAGCUCAAGGAUAGCUGGGAUCGAAUUGGUGAGGAGCAUCGGAGAAGAGAAAAUGGGACUAAAACGAAGGAGACAACUGAGAAAGGAGAAUCAGAAAAAGGGAGAAGUAAAGAAAAGACAACAGAGGAAAAGCCGAAAGAAGAAGUGAACGAUGAAGGAAAAAGGAAAGGAGAAGACUCGCUGGAUAGUAGACAAUUUGAUGAGUAG